GAGUAAAUGUACUUAGUUACAUUCCACCACUGCAGAAAUAUUACUGACCUCAGUGGCCUCAGACUCUAUUCUUUAGUCACACAUCUGAAUAUUUGGCUUGGCCGUCUGUCACCGAGCCUCUAUGUCCCCCUACACGGACACGCGCACACACAGUAACAUCCUCUACCUGGAGGCGGCCGUGCAGUUCUCACUUCCAGCAGCAGGGGGCGGCACGUCCACAACACAGCAGACACUAAAAUCAUUACGUAGUGCUGCCUUUUGUGCGUCUUGUGAGCCUUUUGACACCGCCCCUCCAGAGGGUGCAGCGGCACUGUCAGAAAUCAACUAUCGGUUAGGUCUGCUGGGUGUAAACAAAUCUUUAUAACACCGCGAUGUACGGAAAUACUUGUAUCCCGAGGAGCAGCUGUCCGCGCCGCCGCUGCUAACGUCCACCAUGUAGACCGACGCCUACGUUUGACAGUCCGGGGACGUUACGACGGUUGGUUUUUGACUCUAGCUAGUCCUGUCAUUUCUGUGGCCGGUGGUAUCACAGGUAUUUUUAUGCUACGGUUGUCAUAAUGGUCACCGGGUGAAUUGUACAUCAAAGCUAGCUCGCUAACGGUUAGCAAACCGUAUGAAUCUGGCUGUUUUCGCUCCGAUCAACACUAGCUAUAAUCAUUUCAGAGGUACAUGAACAUGGCAUCGCCCGCAGAGCACGACCUGGCUCUGUCUGAAGCAGACAGCAGCAAGGAGAAAGCUCAGGUGUUUGGGAUUUUGAGGCUGCAGGAGGAGAAAUCUGGUGUUGGGGAUAAAGCUAUCAGUAGCAGCACAGUGAGAGGAGGAGGUGGUGGUGGAGACGGGCGAUGGCAGGCUCCUAUCUUCGCUUUGGCCAGGAAAGCAUCCGAGACCAUUUCAGGGAGCAUUCACGUCCUGCCCAAAGUGUCGGAGCACAGGACUUCUCUGCCCGGGGACUGGACCGUCCAAGCCCUGCGAGACCCCAUGGCGAUGGAACGAGCCAACCUGCUGAACAUGGCCAAGUUGAGUAUUAAAGGGCUGAUCGAGUCGGCUCUGAGCUUUGGACGAACACUGGACUCUGACUACCCACCUCUCCAGCAGUUCUUUGUUGUCAUGGAGCACUGCCUCAAACAUGGCCUCAGAGUGAAGAAGUCCUUUCUGGGCUUUAACAAAUCUCUCUGGGGUCCUCUGGAGCUGGUGGAGAAACUGUGUCCUGAAGCCGCAGAGAUCUCAGCCUCUGUACGAGACCUGCCUGGACUUAAGACUCCAUUAGGCAGGGCAAGAGCUUGGCUGCGUCUGGCUCUCAUGCAGAAGCGGCUGGCCGAUUACCUACGACUCCUCAUCACCAGAAAAGACCUGCUCAGUGAUUUCUAUGAGAAUUCGGCGCUGAUGCUGGAGGAGGAGGGAGCAGUGAUAGUGGGCCUGUUGGUGGGCCUGAACGUCAUUGAUGCUAAUCUUUGUGUCAAAGGCGAGGACCUGGACUCUCAGGUUGGGGUGAUCGACUUCUCCAUGUACUUGAAGAAUGACAUUGAUGAUUACAGGAGUGAAGAGAGGAAUAGCCAGAUAGCAUCCAUCUUGGAUCAGAAGAACUAUGUAGAGGAACUGAACCGACAGCUGAACUCCACAGUUCAUGGUCUUCAGGGCAGAGUGGACUCUCUAGAGAAGUCCAACUCUAAACUCAUAGAGGAGUUAGCCAUAGCCAAGAACAACAUCAUCAAACUGCAGGAAGAAAACCAGCAGCUGAGGAGUGAAAACAGCCUUAUUCUGCUGAAGACACAACAACAAUUAGAGGUAACUCAAGGCGAUGUGUCAGUGGAGAGAGAUACAUACAAACAGUCUCGUCAGGGUUUGGAUGAGAUGUACAAUGAAGCUCGAAGGCAACUGAAGGAGGAGUGUCAGCUCAGACAGGAUGUGGAGAAUGAGUUGGUAGUCCAGGUGUCGAUGAAACAGGAAAUGGAGCUGGCCAUGAAACUUCUGGAGAAAGAUAUUCAUGAAAAACAGGACACGCUGAUCGGACUGAGACACCAACUGGAUGAAGUCAAAGCCAUCAAUGUAGAAAUGUACCAGAAGAUGCAGUCGUCCGAUGACGAGAUGAAGAAGAAGAACAAUAUGAUCAGUCGUCUGGAGGAGAAGACCAAUCAGAUCACUGCCACCAUGAAGCAGCUGGAGCAAAGAUUACAGGAGGCAGAGAGGCACCGCACGUCAGCCGAGGAGGGAACCAGGCGCUUCAAGUUGGACUUUGCCAACAAGGCCGACAGCCUGCAGCGACAGAUCGAACACAGAGAAAAGCAACUCCAGCAGCUGGAGACGGACCUGAAGAUAGAGAGGGAGUGGAGGCAGACGUUACAAAAUGAUCUAGACAGAGAGAGGGACACAGUGGCUCAGCUCAGCACAGAGGCGCUGCAGAUCAACGGACUAAAGAAGGAGUUCCAUCGUCUCCAGGAUGAAAACAUUCAGCUGAAGACCAUCUGUGAGGACCAAGAACAAGCUCUCGAGGAAUUAGGCUCCAAACUAAGCGAAUCCAAAAUGAAGAUUGAGGACAUCAAAGAAGCCAACAAAGCUCUUCAGGGGGGUCAGGUUUGGUUGAAGGACAAGGACGCCAGCCAUUGCAAGCUGUGUGAGAAGGAGUUCUCCAUCUCAAGACGAAAGCACCACUGUAGGAACUGUGGGGAGAUUUUCUGUAACAGCUGCUCUGACAAUGAGCUCCCUCUGCCCGCCUCACCAAAACCAGUCAGAGUCUGUGACACCUGCCACGCCCUCCUCCUCCAACGAUGCUCCUCCAAUCCAACGUGAAGGAGCCCCACACUGCUGUAGUGACUGCUUCAAACAAUCUGAGAUCAGACCCGUUAAUCCCCCACCCUCCGGUCCUCUGUAAGAUCUGUCUCCCGACUUAUCUCAACACAGUGUUUGCUGCUAGAAAUGGACCGUGUGCAUGAACAUUUAGUACAUUUGAUUUGUCUUAAUUUACAGUUUUAAAAAGUCCCUCACAGACAAAAUGAGGGACGUCUGCAUCAUUGUGACACAUUUUUAUUUGAUGUCACUACUUCCUUUGCAGAUGCUCUGCAGUGUAAAACAUUUAAACAUCUUCUUUUGUAAUCAGACAGAGAGGAGGAGGCAAUCAGUCCACUAUAACAUGGGCCAAAAUGUCUUGAUAACAGACAAGUUGGAAAUUGAAGGAGUGAGAAUCCUUGGUUUGCUUUAUUUUAUACAGUUAUACAGAUGAAACAGUUAUUUCCAGUAACUCUAGAUGUCAGUGACCUUGACAGAGGAAGUCAUGCAAAGCGUAACUGUCUUUUCUGUAUAUGAGUCAAUCCAAGUGCUGCACUGGCCAGGCUUUGAGAGCACCAAACAGACUCUAAAAGCUAUAACAGGUAUGAAUAUAUCGAGGUGAACCUGCAGCCAUGCUGCUGUGUUGCCUGCACAAACUGAUACUGAUCAGAUCAGCAGGUCAGGUUUUGGUAUAUUCCCCUAUAAAGUUUAGGGGGAAGAGAAAAUUUGGUUAAGAAAGGAGGAACAACUUUACUAUGAACUGAAAGUGAAACUUCACUGUGAUGAGCACUGCUGCAGCUAAAUGCAGAUGUUUUUUUCUGAAGCAAACCUCCAGUCGUAUGUAAUACUGCAUCAUUAUAUAACAAUGUAUGUGUCAAGCCUCAAACUGUAUACAGUAAGUGUAUAGCCAAACAGAUGAGAUUAUGUCAUUUACACAUACAGUACAGUGGCCUUGUUACUGUUGUUGUUGUUUCUGACUCCAAAGCACCCUCCUUAGAGGUGGAGUGAAAUCAGCACAAACUCUUAGGCUGCAUUUACACAGGCACAAAAGAUCAAGUUGACAGGUUGAAUCCAACUUUAUAUUUGAGGUUAGUAUUUAGUAAACUGAUAUAUUUCUGUUUAGUUGGCUGGGAGGAGAUCAGAACUGUGUCAUAAAAUAAAAGAGGGCUCAUUUAUUUCUGUUGCUGUUUUAAUUGCAGUCAUUUCACAGGAGCAACAUGGGAAUAUUUUGUACCUGCCAUCAUCUGUUCAGACAAGAAUCAGUACAGAAUGAAAAAGGGCCUGCUGGUCAGAUCUGCCCUCCUCAGAAUAUUUGAUGUGCAAUGUGACAAAGACUUUUCUGCAAACUAAUUCCAGGAACGUUCACUGCUCCAAGCAGAUUUUGCUCUGCAGACACUAGACUAGACUAGUUCCCCAUGGGGCUGUGGCUUUCAAAAGGUACUGAAAAUCUGUUUUUAGUUUCGUUGAAACAGUGUUGGUGCCAUUUGUGCUUGUGUAAAUGCAAUGAAUAUUACCUACUUGUGCUUCUCAUGUUGCCAAAAUGAGCCCUAUAUUACUACAGAGAUCUGUAGAGAAUCGAAGAUAACAUAAUUCAGCAACACUAGCCUAUACUACAAGCAAGCAGCCUAGAUUUAAGGCCAUGUCACUGUUUGUUGGAGACACUAAUGUAGUGGAUGCUGCUUCAAGGACCAAGAAGAGAGACAGAUGCUGUCAUUUCUGGUAACUGAUUUAAAUCAGUGUCAGUCUGUCUUAACUGGCUCUUAUGUUGACAGACCACUGACAGCUAGCUUACAACAUGACCACUUCACUGACUAGUUAGUGGUUAAGAACAGACUUUAGUGUUACACACUUCUUACAACAUAGCCACAAAGUAUGUUUGAACACUUGCCAAUCAUAUAUUGCCUGUAAUACAGAUUAAUUUGAGUAUUUAUAUUUGAUUUUGUGUUAUGCACAUUCAUUUUUACUUUCUGAAGUCAAGGGAACUUGUUUGAGUUAGUUGUUAUCUGACAUUAUGGAAGAACCACAUUUUACUGCUGCUGCAUUCCUGAGGUAAAGUUUGAAACUCUAAACCAGUUUUGUUCUAAAAAAAAAUAAAUCAACAUUUAGAGGUGUGUGUGCUAAUGCUGAUGACUGUACUGAAGUACGUGGUCUUCGGUGAUGGGUUAUGAUAUGAGUUUCACUGCACAUUCUGGUUUUGUACUUGUAUACAAUGUUUACAACCUGUGACUUUUCAAGAACUGGAAGUAUUCAUUCCCAUAAAGAGAUAAAACAGACCUGGGUUCAGUUCAAGAAAUGUUUUUCUUGUUUCAAAUAUUUAAAAACUCACCAAUUUAUCAUACCAUUAAGUAGGCAAAUGUUUUUGAACUGCACCCAGGCCUGAAGCGUUUUUGUACAGUGUCGCUCUUAUAUAUCGCCCAGCUUUCAAUGGGACUUGUACAGUUGCUAUAUGUUGUAAAUACAUAAUGUUGAUAAUCACUGUGGCCCUUUAGCUUACUAAAUCCUGCCAGUUUAAUAUUAACUCUGUUGCCAACAGUAUGUUGCCUUAACUGUGUAGCAGUUUCUGAUUAAAUCAAGUUACAAACAGAA